AUGUUAUCGGUGCAGAGUUUUGAUGCUUUGGAGGAGACUGUGCUGAAGAAACUGGAGCAAUUUGUGUGCCCAGUUCGUGGCUGGGAUGCAUGGAGUAGCUGGUCGCAGUGCAGUUCCAGCUGUGGCGGCGGGAUACAGAGAAGAAGUCGAGAAUGCGGAAGCAAUGAGAGCAGUCUGUGUGUGGGAGAGAGCAGGCAACAGCGCAAGUGUGGCAGCGUAGCUUGUCCAUCAACUCGUAAGGAAGGAGGCUGUGUUGAAAGAGGUGGUGUGUUGGACGUAGCAUUCAUACUGGAUGCUUCAGGUAGCGUUGGUGAUGGCAAUUUUGCUAAGAUGGUGAGCUUCACAAAGAAGAUGAUGGAUCGAUUUUCAGUGGCAACAAAUCGUGGAGAAGACGGGCGGUCUGCAUGGAGGCGACAGCAGCUGAGCAACAUAAGCAGUAGUGGCAGCAGUGACAGCGGCGGUGGCGGCAGCAGCAGUAGCAGCAGCAGCAGCAGCAGUAACAAUUGGAGAAACGACAGAUCUGGUACUGGCACUGUGGGUCGGAGUCAAAGCCGAUUUGGAGUACUUCGCUACAACAAUAGUGCGAAUGUUGUGUUCGGCUUUGAUAUGUACUUGAAUCUAAGUUCAGUGCUGUCAGCUAUGGAUGGGAUGGCCAAGGUGACAAAAGGCUGUACCAACACAAGUGGUGCUCUAGAAGUAGCAGGAAUUGACUUAUUUGGCUUGUCAAUGAGCUGCACAUCUCUGGGUUGUCACCGCAAUUCUUCGUGCAGGUCUUAUUGCGGGAGUGCAUCCGGCAGCAGCGGAAGCAGCAGCCGUGGCAGUGGAGGUGGAAGUAGUAGUCAGAAUGGCAGAGGAAGCGGCGGAAGCAGCAGUGGCAGCAGCAGCAGCAGUAGCGGCCGUGGCAGCAGCAGCAGCAGCCGUGGUAGCAGCAGCAGCAGCCGUGGAAGCAGCAGCAGCAGCAGCAGCUCAGGGUCGUCAUCUUCUGGUGAUCAAGGACGAGGACGAGGAAGAAGGAGCAGCUCAAGCGGUAGCAGAAGACGAGAAGUUAUUGUGGUGUUGAGUGACGGAAACUCCAAUGUUGGUGGCAAUCCUUCGGCCUGCGCUUCUGAGCUGCGUGCUAACAACAUCGAGGUGUUUGCAGUGGGCAUCGGUAACGGAAUAGACCGGUCAGAGUUGGAAAGCAUCGCAAGCCUGCCAUAUCCUAAGCACGUUUUAUCGGUGCAGAGUUUUGAUGCGUUGGAGGAGACUGUCCUGAAGAAACUGGAGCAAUUUGUGUGCCCAGUUCGUGGCUGGGAUGUAUGGAGUAGCUGGUCGCAGUGCAGUUCCAGCUGUGGCAGCGGGAUACAGAGAAGAAGUCGAGAAUGCGGAAGCAAUGAGAGCAGUCUGUGUGUGGGAGAGAGCAGGCAACAGCGCAAGUGUGGCAGCGUAGCUUGUCCAUCAACUCGUAAGGAAGGAGGCUGUGUAGAAAGAGGUGGUGUGUUGGACGUAGCAUUCAUACUGGAUGCUUCAGGUAGCGUUGGUGAUGGCAAUUUUGCUAAGAUGGUGAGCUUCACAAAGAAGAUGAUGGAUCUAUUUUCGGUAGCAACAAAUCGUGGAGAAGACGGGCGGUCUGCAUGGAGGCGACAGCAGCUGAGCAACAUAAGCAGAAGUGGCAGCAGUGACAGCGGCGGUGGCGGCGGCAGCAGCAGCAGCAGCAGCAGAAGUAACAAUUGGAGAAACGACAGCUCUGGUACUGGCGCUGUGGGUCGGAGUCAAAGCCGAUUUGGAGUACUUCGCUACAACAAUAGUGCGAAUGUUGUGUUCGGCUUUGAUAUGUACUUGAAUCUAAGUUCAGUGCUGUCAGCUAUGGAUGGGAUGGCCAAGGUGACAAAAGGCUGUACCAACACAAGUGGUGCUCUAGAAGUAGCAGGAAUUGACUUAUUUGGCUUGUCAAUGAGCUGCACAUCUCUGGGUUGUCACCGCAAUUCUUCGUGCAGGUCUUAUUGCGGGAGUGCAUCCGGCAGCAGCGGAAGCAGCAGCCGUGGCAGUGGAGGUGGAAGUAGUAGUCAGAAUGGCAGAGGAAGCGGCGGAAGCAGCAGUGGCAGCAGCAGCAGCAGCGGCCGUGGGAGCAGCAGCAGCAGCAGCAGCCGUGGUAGCAGCAGCAGCAGCAGCAGCUCAGGGUCGUCAUCUUCUGGUUAUCGAGGACGUGGACGAGGAAGAAGGAGCAGCUCAAGCGGUGGCAGAAGACGAGAAGUUAUUGUACUGUUGAGUGACGGAAACUCCAAUGUUGGUGGCAAUCCUUCGGCCUGCGCUUCUGAGCUGCGUGCUAACAACAUCGAGGUGUUUGCAUUGGGCAUCGGUAACGGAAUAGACCGGUCAGAGUUGGAAAGCAUCGCAAGCCUGCCAUAUCCUAAGCACGUGUUAUCAGUGCAGAGUUUUGAUGCAUUGGAGGAGACUGUGCUGAAGAAACUGGAGCAAUUUGUGUGCCCAGUUCGUGGCUGGGAUGUAUGGAGUAGCUGGUCGCAGUGCAGUUCCAGCUGUGGCGGCGGGAUACAGAGAAGAAGUCGAGAAUGCGGAAGCAAUGAGAGCAGUCUGUGUGUGGGAGAGAGCAGGCAACAGCGCAAGUGCGGCAGCGUAGAUUGUCCAUCAACUCGUAAGGAAGGAGGCUGUGUAGAAAGAGGUGGUGUUUUGGACGUAGCAUUCAUACUGGAUGCUUCAGGUAGCGUUGGUGAUGGCAAUUUUGCUAAGAUGGUGAGCUUCACAAAGAAGAUGAUGGAUCGAUUUUCGGUGGCAACAAAUCGUGGAGAAGACGGGCGGUCUGCAUGGAGGCGACAGCAGCUGAGCAACAUAAGCAGUAGUUUCAGCAGUGACAGCGGCGGUGGCGGCGGCAGCAGCAGCAGCAGCAGUAACAAUUGGAGAAACGACAGCUCUGGUACUGGCGCUGUGGGUCGGAGUCAAAGCCGAUUUGGAGUACUUCGCUACAACAAUAGUGCGAAUGUUGUGUUCGGCUUUGAUAUGUACUUGAAUCUAAGUUCAGUGCUGUCAGCUAUGGAUGGGAUGGCCAAGGUGACAAAAGGCUGUACCAACACAAGUGGUGCUCUAGAAGUAGCAGGAAUUGACUUAUUUGGCUUGUCAAUGAGCUGCACAUCUCUGGGUUGUCACCGCAAUUCUUCGUGCAGGUCUUAUUGCGGGAGUGCAUCCGGCAGCAGCGGAAGCAGCAGCCGUGGCAAUGGAGGUGGAAGUAGUAGUCAGAAUGGCAGAGGAAGCGGCGGAAGCAGCAGUGGCAGCAGCAGCAGCAGUAGCGGCCGUGGCAGCAGCAGCAGCAGCAGCAGCAGCCGUGGUAGCAGCAGCAGCAGCAGCCGUGGUAGCAGCAGCAGCAGCAGCAGCAGCAGCUCAGGGUCGUCAUCUUCUGGUGAUCGAGGACGAGGACGAGGAAGAAGGAGCAGCUCAAGCGGUGGCAGAAGACGAGAAGUUAUUGUGGUGUUGAGUGACGGAAACUCCAAUGUUGGUGGCAAUCCUUCGGCCUGCGCUUCUGAGCUGCGUGCUAACAACAUCGAGGUGUUUGCAGUGGGCAUCGGUAACGGAAUAGACCGGUCAGAGUUGGAAAGCAUCGCAAGCCUGCCAUAUCCUAAGCACGUGUUAUCGGUGCAGAGUUUUGAUGCAUUGGAGGAGACUGUGCUGAAGAAACUGGAGCAAUUUGUGUGCCCAGUUCGUGGCUGGGAUGUAUGGAGUAGCUGGUCGCAGUGCAGUUCCAGCUGUGGCGGCGGGAUACAGAGAAGAAGUCGAGAAUGCGGAAGCAAUGAGAGCAGUCUGUGUGUGGGAGAGAGCAGGCAACAGCGCAAGUGCGGCAGCGUAGAUUGUCCAUCAACUCGUAAGGAAGGAGGCUGUGUAGAAAGAGGUGGUGUUUUGGACGUAGCAUUCAUACUGGAUGCUUCAGGUAGCGUUGGUGAUGGCAAUUUUGCUAAGAUGGUGAGCUUCACAAAGAAGAUGAUGGAUCGAUUUUCGGUGGCAACAAAUCGUGGAGAAGACGGGCGGUCUGCAUGGAGGCGACAGCAGCUGAGCAACAUAAGCAGUAGUUUCAGCAGUGACAGCGGCGGUGGCGGCGGCAGCAGCAGCAGCAGCAGUAACAAUUGGAGAAACGACAGCUCUGGUACUGGCGCUGUGGGUCGGAGUCAAAGCCGAUUUGGAGUACUUCGCUACAACAAUAGUGCGAAUGUUGUGUUCGGCUUUGAUAUGUACUUGAAUCUAAGUUCAGUGCUGUCAGCUAUGGAUGGGAUGGCCAAGGUGACAAAAGGCUGUACCAACACAAGUGGUGCUCUAGAAGUAGCAGGAAUUGACUUAUUUGGCUUGUCAAUGAGCUGCACAUCUCUGGGUUGUCACCGCAAUUCUUCGUGCAGGUCUUAUUGCGGGAGUGCAUCCGGCAGCAGCGGAAGCAGCAGCCGUGGCAAUGGAGGUGGAAGUAGUAGUCAGAAUGGCAGAGGAAGCGGCGGAAGCAGCAGUGGCAGCAGCAGCAGCAGUAGCGGCCGUGGCAGCAGCAGCAGCAGCAGCAGCCGUGGUAGCAGCAGCAGCAGCAGCCGUGGUAGCAGCAGCAGCAGCAGCAGCUCAGGGUCGUCAUCUUCUGGUGAUCGAGGACGAGGACGAGGAAGAAGGAGCAGCUCAAGCGGUGGCAGAAGACGAGAAGUUAUUGUGGUGUUGAGUGACGGAAACUCCAAUGUUGGUGGCAAUCCUUCGGCCUGCGCUUCUGAGCUGCGUGCUAACAACAUCGAGGUGUUUGCAGUGGGGAUCGGUAACGGAAUAGACCGGUCAGAGUUGGAAAGCAUCGCAAGCCUGCCAUAUCCUAAGCACGUUUUAUCGGUGCAGAGUUUUGAUGCGUUGGAGGAGACUGUGCUGAAGAAACUGGAGCAAUUUGUGUGCCCAGUUCGUGGCUGGGAUGUAUGGAGUAGCUGGUCGCAGUGCAGUUCCAGCUGUGGCGGCGGGAUACAGAGAAGAAGUCGAGAAUGCCGAAGCAAUGAGAGCAGUCUGUGUGUGGGAGAGAGCAGGCAACAGCGCAAGUGUGGCAGCGUAGCUUGUCCAUCAACUCGUAAGGAAGGAGGCUGUGUAGAAAGAGGUGGUGUGUUGGACGUAGCAUUCAUACUGGAUGCUUCAGGUAGCGUUGGUGACGGCAAUUUUGCUAAGAUGGUGAGCUUCACAAAGAAGAUGAUGGAUCGAUUUUCGGUGGCAACAUAUCGUGGAGAAGACGGGCGGUCUGCAUGGAGGCGACAGCAGCUGAGCAACAUAAGCAGUAGUGGCAGCAGUGGCGGCGGCAGCAGCAGCAGCGGCAGUCUUAUUGCGGGAGUGCAUCCGGCAGCAGCGGGAGCAGCAACCGUGGCAGUGGAGGUGGAAGUAGUAGUCAGAAUGGCAGAGGAAGCGGCGGAAGCAGCAGUGGCAGCAGCAGCAGCAGUAGCGGCCGUGGCAGCAGCAGCAGCAGCAGCAGCGGCCGUGGGAGCAGCAGCAGCAGCAGCAGCAGCAGCAGCUCAGGGUCGUCAUCUUCUGGUGAUCGAGGACGAGGACGAGGAAGAAGGAGCAGCUCAAGCGUUCGUGGCUGGGAUGUAUGGAGUAGCUGGUCGCAGUGCAGUUCCAGCUGUGGCGGCGGGAUACAGAGAAGAAGUCGAGAAUGCGGAAGCAAUGAGAGCAGUCUGUGUGUGGGAGAGAGCAGGCAACAGCGCAAGAGGCUGUGUAGAAAGAGGUGGUGUGUUGGACGUAGCAUUCAUACUGGAUGCUUCAGGUAGCGUUGGUGAUGGCAAUUUUGCUAAGAUGGUGAGCUUCACAAAGAAGAUGAUGGAUCGAUUUUCGGUGGCAACAAAUCGUGGAGAAGACGGGCGGUCUGCAUGGAGGCGACAGCAGCUGAGCAACAUAAGCAGUAGUGGCAGCAGUGACAGCGGCGGUGGCGGCGGCAGCAGCAGCAGCGGCAGUAACAAUUGGAGAAACGACAGCUCUGGUACUGGCGCUGUGGGUCGGAGUCAAAGCCGAUUUGGAGUACUUCGCUACAACAAUAGUGCGAAUGUUGUGUUCGGCUUUGAUAUGUACUUGAAUCUAAGUUCAGUGCUGUCAGCUAUGGAUGGGAUGGCCAAGGUGACAAUAGGCUGUACCAACACAAGUGGCGCUCUAGAAGUAGCAGGAAUUGACUUAUUUGGCUUGUCAAUGAGCUGCACAUCUCUGGGUUGUCACCGCAAUUCUUCGUGCAGGUCUUAUUGCGGGAGUGCAUCCGGCAGCAGCGGAAGCAGCAGCCGUGGCAGUGGAGGUGGAAGUAGUAGUCAGAAUGGCAGAGGAAGCGGCGGAAGCAGCAGUAGCAGCAGCAGCAGCAGUAACGGCCGUGGCAGCAGCAGCAGCAGCCGUGGUAGCAGCAGCAGCAGCAGCAGCUCAGGGUCGUCAUCUUCUGGUGAUCGAGGACGAGGACGAGGAAGAAGGAGCAGCUCAAGCGGUGGCAGAAGACGAGAAGUUAUUGUGGUGUUGAGUGACGGAAACUCCAAUGUUGGUGGCAAUCCUUCGGCCUGCGCUUCUGAGCUGCGUGCUAACAACAUCGAGGUGUUUGCAGUGGGCAUCGGUAACGGAAUAGACCGGUCAGAGUUGGAAAGCAUCGCAAGCCUGCCAUAUCCUAAGCACGUGUUAUCGGUGCAGAGUUUUGAUGCAUUGGAGGAGACUGUGCUGAAGAAACUGGAGCAAUUUGUGUGCCCAGUUCGUGGCUGGGAUGUAUGGAGUAGCUGGUCGCAGUGCAGUUCCAGCUGUGGCGGCGGGAUACAGAGAAGAAGUCGAGAAUGCGGAAGCAAUGAGAGCAGCCUGUGUGUGGGAGAGAGCAGGCAACAGCGCAAGUGUGGCAGCGUAGCUUGUCCAUCAACUCGUAAGGAAGGAGGCUGUGUAGAAAGAGGUGGUGUGUUGGACGUAGCAUUCAUACUGGAUGCUUCAGGUAGCGUUGGUGAUGGCAAUUUUGCUAAGAUGGUGAGCUUCACAAAGAAGAUGAUGGAUCUAUUUUCGGUGGCAACAAAUCGUGGAGAAGACGGGCGGUCUGCAUGGAGGCGACAGCAGCUGAGCAACAUAAGCAGUAGUGGCAGCAGUGACAGCGGCGGUGGCGGCGGCAGCAGCAGCAGCAGCAGUAACAGUUGGAGAAACGACAGCUCUGGUACUGGCGCUGUGGGUCGGAGUCAAAGCCGAUUUGGAGUACUUCGCUACAACAAUAGUGCGAAUGUUGUGUUCGGCUUUGAUAUGUACUUGAAUCUAAGUUCAGUGCUGUCAGCUAUGGAUGGGAUGGUCAAGGUGACAAAAGGCUGUACCAACACAAGUGGUGCUCUAGAAGUAGCAGGAAUUGACUUAUUUGGCUUGUCAAUGAGCUGCACAUCUCUGGGUUGUCACCGCAAUUCUUCGUGCAGGUCUUAUUGCGGGAGUGCAUCCGGCAGCAGCGGAAGCAGCAGCCGUGGCAGUGGAGGUGGAAGUAGUAGUCAGAAUGGCAGAGGAAGCGGCGGAAGCAGCAGUGGCAGCAGCAGCAGCAGCGGCCGUGGGAGCAGCAGCAGCAGCAGCAGCAGCAGCCGUGGUAGCAGCAGCAGCAGCAGCAACUCAGGGUCGUCAUCUUCUGGUUAUCGAGGACGUGGACGAGGAAGAAGGAGCAGCUCAAGCGGUGGCAGAAGACGAGAAGUUAUUGUACUGUUGAGUGACGGAAACUCCAAUGUUGGUGGCAAUCCUUCGGCCUGCGCUUCUGAGCUGCGUGCUAACAACAUCGAGGUGUUUGCAGUGGGCAUCGGUAACGGAAUAGACCGGUCAGAGUUGGAAAGCAUCGCAAGCCUGCCAUAUCCUAAGCACGUGUUAUCGGUGCAGAGUUUUGAUGCAUUGGAGGAGACUGUGCUGAAGAAACUGGAGCAAUUUGUGUGCCCAGUUCGUGGCUGGGAUGUAUGGAGUAGCUGGUCGCAGUGCAGUUCCAGCUGUGGCGGCGGGAUACAGAGAAGAAGUCGAGAAUGCGGAAGCAAUGAGAGCAGUCUGUGUGUGGGAGAGAGCAGGCAACAGCGCAAGUGUGGCAGCGUAGCUUGUCCAUCAAUUCGUAAGGAAGGAGGCUGUGUAGAAAGAGGUGGUGUGUUGGACGUAGCAUUCAUACUGGAUGCUUCAGGUAGCGUUGGUGAUGGCAAUUUUGCUAAGAUGGUGAGCUUCACAAAGAAGAUGAUGGAUCGAUUUUCGGUGGCAACAAAUCGUGGAGAAGACGGGCGGUCUGCAUGGAGGCGACAGCAGCUGAGCAACAUAAGCAGUAGUUUCAGCAGUGACAGCGGCGGUGGCGGCGGCAGGAGCAGCAGCAGCAGUAACAAUUGGAGAAACGACAGCUCUGGUACUGGUGCUGUGGGUCGGAGUCAAAGCCGAUUUGGAGUACUUCGCUACAACAAUAGUGCGAAUGUUGUGUUCGGCUUUGAUAUGUACUUGAAUCUAAGUUCAGUGCUGUCAGCUAUGGAUGGGAUGGCCAAGGUGACAAAAGGCUGUACCAACACAAGUGGUGCUCUAGAAGUAGCAGGAAUUGACUUAUUUGGCUUGUCAAUGAGCUGCACAUCUCUGGGUUGUCACCGCAAUUCUUCGUGCAGGUCUUAUUGCGGGAGUGCAUCCGGCAGCAGCGGAAGCAGCAGCCGUGGCAGUGGAGGUGGAAGUAGUAGUCAGAAUGGCAGAGGAAGCGGCGGAAGCAGCAGUGGCAGCAGCAGCAGCAGCGGCCGUGGGAGCAGCAGCAGCAGCAGCAGCAGCAGCCGUGGUAGCAGCAGCAGCAGCAGCAGCUCAGGGUCGUCAUCUUCUGGUUAUCGAGGACGUGGACGAGGAAGAAGGAGCAGCUCAAGCGGUGGCAGAAGACGAGAAGUUAUUGUACUGUUGAGUGACGGAAACUCCAAUGUUGGUGGCAAUCCUUCGGCCUGCGCUUCUGAGCUGCGUGCUAACAACAUCGAGGUGUUUGCAGUGGGCAUCGGUAACGGAAUAGACCGGUCAGAGUUGGAAAGCAUCGCAAGCCUGCCAUAUCCUAAGCACGUGUUAUCGGUGCAGAGUUUUGAUGCAUUGGAGGAGACUGUGCUGAAGAAACUGGAGCAAUUUGUGUGCCCAGUUCGUGGCUGGGAUGUAUGGAGUAGCUGGUCGCAGUGCAGUUCCAGCUGUGGCGGCGGGAUACAGAGAAGAAGUCGAGAAUGCGGAAGCAAUGAGAGCAGUCUGUGUGUGGGAGAGAGCAGGCAACAGCGCAAGUGUGGCAGCGUAGCUUGUCCAUCAAUUCGUAAGGAAGGAGGCUGUGUAGAAAGAGGUGGUGUGUUGGACGUAGCAUUCAUACUGGAUGCUUCAGGUAGCGUUGGUGAUGGCAAUUUUGCUAAGAUGGUGAGCUUCACAAAGAAGAUGAUGGAUCGAUUUUCGGUGGCAACAAAUCGUGGAGAAGACGGGCGGUCUGCAUGGAGGCGACAGCAGCUGAGCAACAUAAGCAGUAGUUUCAGCAGUGACAGCGGCGGUGGCGGCGGCAGGAGCAGCAGCAGCAGUAACAAUUGGAGAAACGACAGCUCUGGUACUGGUGCUGUGGGUCGGAGUCAAAGCCGAUUUGGAGUACUUCGCUACAACAAUAGUGCGAAUGUUGUGUUCGGCUUUGAUAUGUACUUGAAUCUAAGUUCAGUGCUGUCAGCUAUGGAUGGGAUGGCCAAGGUGACAAAAGGCUGUACCAACACAAGUGGUGCUCUAGAAGUAGCAGGAAUUGACUUAUUUGGCUUGUCAAUGAGCUGCACAUCUCUGGGUUGUCACCGCAAUUCUUCGUGCAGGUCUUAUUGCGGGAGUGCAUCCGGCAGCAGCGGAAGCAGCAGCCGUGGCAGUGGAGCUGGAAGUAGUAGUCAGAAUGGCAGAGGAAGCGGCGGAAGCAGCAGUGGCAGCAGCAGCAGCGGCCGUGGGAGCAGCAGCAGCAGCCGUGGGAGCAGCAGCAGCAGCAGCAGCAGCUCAGGGUCGUCAUCUUCUGGUUAUCGAGGACGUGGACGAGGAAGAAGGAGCAGCUCAAGCGGUGGCAGAAGACGAGAAGUUAUUGUACUGUUGAGUGACGGAAACUCCAAUGUUGGUGGCAAUCCUUCGGCCUGCGCUUCUGAGCUGCGUGCUAACAACAUCGAGGUGUUUGCAGUGGGCAUCGGUAACGGAAUAGACCGGUCAGAGUUGGAAAGCAUCGCAAGCCUGCCAUAUCCUAAGCACGUGUUAUCGGUGCAGAGUUUUGAUGCAUUGGAGGAGACUGUGCUGAAGAAACUGGAGCAAUUUGUGUGCCCAGUUCGUGGCUGGGAUGUAUGGAGUAGCUGGUCGCAGUGCAGUUCCAGCUGUGGCAGCGGGAUACAGAGAAGAAGUCGAGAAUGCGGAAGCAAUGAGAGCAGUCUGUGUGUGGGAGAGAGCAGGCAACAGCGCAAGUGCGGCAGCGUAGCUUGCCCAUCAACUCGUAAGGAAGGAGGCUGUGUAGAAAGAGGUGGUGUGUUGGACGUAGCAUUCAUACUGGAUGCUUCAGGUAGCGUUGGUGAUGGCAAUUUUGCUAAGAUGGUGAGCUUCACAAAGAAGAUGAUGGAUCGAUUUUCGGUGGCAAAAAAUCGUGGAGAAGAUGGGCGGUCUGCAUGGAGGCGACAGCAGCUGAGCAACAUAAGCAGCAGUGGCAGCAGUGACAGCGGCGGAGGCGGCGGCAGCAGCAGUAACAAUUGGAGAAACGACAGCUCUGGGACUGGCGCUGUGGGUCGGAGUCAAAGCCGAUUUGGAGUACUUCGCUACAACAAUAGUGCGAAUGUUGUGUUCGGCUUUGAUAUGUACUUGAAUCUAAGUUCAGUGCUGUCAGCUAUGGAUGGGAUGGCCAAGGUUACAAAAGGCUGUACCAACACAAGUGGUGCUCUGGAAGUAGCAGGAAUUGACUUGUUUGGCUUGUCAAUGAGCUGCACAUCUCUGGGUUGUCACCGCAAUUCUUCGUGCAGGUCUUAUUGCGGGAGUGCAUCCGGCAGCAGCGGAAGCAGCAGCCGUGGCAGUGGAGGUGGAAGUAGUAGUCAGAAUGGCAGAGGAAGCGGCGGAAGCAGCAGUGGCAGCAGCAGCAGCAGCAGCAGCAGCAGUAGCGGCCGUGGCAGCAGCAGCAGCAGCCGUGGUAGCAGCAGCAGCAGCAGCUCAGGGUCGUCAUCUUCUGGUUAUCGAGGACGAGGACGAGGAAGAAGGAGCAGCUCAAGCGGUGGCAGAAGACGAGAAGUUAUUGUACUGUUGAGUGACGGAAACUCCAAUGUUGGUGGCAAUCCUUCGGCCUGCGCUUCUGAGCUGCGUGCUAACCACAUCGAGGUGUUUGCAGUGGGCAUCGGUAACGGAAUAGACCGGUCAGAGUUGGAAAGCAUCGCAAGCCUGCCAUAUCCUAAGCACGUGUUAUCGGUGCAGAGUUUUGAUGCAUUGGAGGAGACUGUGCUGAAGAAACUGGAGCAAUUUGUGUGCCCAGUUCGUGGCUGGGAUGUAUGGAGUAGCUGGUCGCAGUGCAGUUCCAGCUGUGGCAGCGGGAUACAGAGAAGAAGUCGAGAAUGCGGAAGCAAUGAGAGCAGUCUGUGUGUGGGAGAGAGCAGGCAACAGCGCAAGUGCGGCAGCGUAGCUUGCCCAUCAACUCGUAAGGAAGGAGGCUGUGUAGAAAGAGGUGGUGUGUUGGACGUAGCAUUCAUACUGGAUGCUUCAGGUAGCGUUGGUGAUGGCAAUUUUGCUAAGAUGGUGAGCUUCACAAAGAAGAUGAUGGAUCGAUUUUCGGUGGCAAAAAAUCGUGGAGAAGAUGGGCGGUCUGCAUGGAGGCGACAGCAGCUGAGCAACAUAAGCAGCAGUGGCAGCAGUGACAGCGGCGGAGGCGGCGGCAGCAGCAGUCUUAUUGCGGGAGUGCAUCCGGCAGCAGCGGAAGCAGCAGCCGUGGCAGUGGAGGUGGAAGUAGUAGUCAGAAUGGCAGAGGAAGCGGCGGAAGCAGCAGUGGCAGCAGCAGCAGCAGCAGCAGCAGCAGCAGUAGCGGCCGUGGCAGCAGCAGCAGCAGCCGUGGUAGCAGCAGCAGCAGCAGCUCAGGGUCGUCAUCUUCUGGUUAUCGAGGACGAGGACGAGGAAGAAGGAGCAGCUCAAGCGGUGGCAGAAGACGAGAAGUUAUUUUCGUGGCUGGGAUGUAUGGAGUAG